AUGCCUAUCGAAGCAAAGGAAAACAUAGUUCGCAGCAAACAACUCUGUAGAAACUGUUUGCGACAGGGCCAUAUGGCACGAAAUUGUUCGUCGGAAAGCACUUGCCGUAAUUGUCGGGGUCAUCAUCACACGUUAAUUUGUACCAGUACAAGCCAACAAUCAUUUCAAGGCAAUGUUUCACACACUACUGGUUCACUGUCUCGUCCGCGUAAUCCAUCUAGCCAACGUAACGAAGAGCAUGUGUCAUCAGCGUCUGCGGUACAGCCUGGUACAACGAACAGUAGUAUCCAAGAGGCAUCUAGAAACAAAAUUCUUCUAGCUACAGCUGUUAUUCUACUAGUCGACGGCAGCGGAGGUGAAUAUCCAGUUCGAGCGUUAUUGGACUCAGGAAGCGAGUGCAGUUUCAUCACGGAAAGGGCAACCCAACGCAUGAGCAUUCACCGCGAAAGGGUUAGCAUUGCAAUUGCGGGUAUUGGACAAUCCUCUACGCGAGUUCUGCAUAAGAUCCGUUCCACAAUAAAAUCACGUAUAACGGAUUUCGCCACCGCAAUCGAACUACUCGUUCUCCCAAAAGUCACUGUGGAUUUACCGUCCAUGUCAGUUGAUGUGACUUCAUGGUCCCUUCCAACGAGAAUACAGUUAGCCGAUCCAUCCUUUUAUGAUCCCGGCUCCAUCGAUGUAGUACUCGGAGCAGAAGUGUUUUUUGACCUAUUCAAGGCUUCAGGUCGAAUUUCACUCGGAGAUACUCUGCCUACGCUUGUUAAUUCGGUUUUCGGAUGGAUCGUGUCCGGAAAAGUAAGCGAAGGCGCUCCUCGAAGUGCGUUUGUUUGUAACGUUGCAAGUACGGCGGAUCUGCAUAACGAUAUGGAACGUUUUUGGGCAAUUGAAGACGAACCAACUACAGCGUACUCUCCAGAAGAGGCACUCUGUGAGAAAAUUUUCUCCGAAAACGUCACUCGGGACUCUGACGGUCGCUAUGUUGUACGAUUACCACUAAAAAGAGAUCUAUUGGACAAUUUGGGUGAUAAUAGGCGUUCCGCCCUACAUCACUAUCGACUUAUCGAAAAUCGUCUAGGUCGUGAUCCCGGUUUAGCGACGAAGUAUAGAAAAUUCAUGGACGAGUAUUUUCAGCUUGGCCACAUUGAGAGAAUCGAUGAAAACAACGCCUUCUCUCAACCCUUCUUCCUUCCUCAUAAUCCAGUGAUUCGAGCGGAGAGCAGUACGACGAAGGUUCGCGUCGUAUUUGAUGCCUCCUGUAAGAGCGCAACAGGCCGGUCUCUAAAUGACGUCAUGCUUGUAGGGCCCACCGUGCAACAGGAUUUGAGGUCCAUAAUCAUUCGGUCUCGUUUACACCCAAUAAUGCUUAUCGCCGACAUUACCAAGAUGUAUCGGCAGAUUCGUCUACACCCAGGAGACACACAUCUGCAAAGGAUCUUCUGGCGAUCGACUCCGGACGAACCUAUUGGUGUAUACGAGCUCAAAACGGUUACCUACGGUACCGCUUCGGGACCAUACUUGGCGACUCGAGUUAUUUCGCAGCUGGCAACGGAUGAAAAGUGCCACUAUCCUUUGGCAGCAGAGGUGGCGUGCAAAGACUUUUAUGUCGAUGACCUUUUCACUGGUGCAAAAACGGUCAACGAAGCAAUUGAGUUACGUAAACAAAUGGAAGCAAUGUUCAACUCGGCAGGCAUGGAGUUACGAAAAUGGGCAAGCAAUGUUCCAGCUUCUCUUCAAGACGUUCCAGAGGAAAACCGUGCGAUCAAGGAUCUAGUGGACUUCGAUAAGGAUCAGUCAAUAAAAACGUUGGGCUUACAUUGGGAGCCUCAAACUGAUCGGCUAAAGUAUGUCAUCCCGAACAUAACGAUCGACCGAGAAUCUGCAGUUACCAAACGGUACACACUCUCUUCUAUCGCCAAAUUUUUCGAUCCCUUGGGCCUAGUCGGUCCGGUCGUGUUGAUAGCGAAGGUUUUCAUGCAGGCGUUGUGGGGUCUUAAGAACAGCAACGACACACCCUACGAUUGGGAUCAAGAGUUACCUGAAACAAUGAAGCAGCGUUGGUUUGCGUACGUAUCCAAAUUACCAAGCCUCAAUGAUCUGCGAAUCAACCGGUUCGUCAUUCUCUCGAACACUACUGCAAUCGAGCUUCAUUUUUUCUCGGAUGCUUCCGAGACAGCAUAUGGAACCUGCGUUUACGUCAAAUCAACGAAUUCGUCGGGACAAACGAAAACUGCGUUACUCACUUCGCGUUCCAAGGUUGCUCCUCCAAAGCAAAUAAGCAUCCCUCGCCUCGAGCUUUGCGGUGCUCGUUUGGCAGCCGAGUUAUAUGGCAAGGUGUCCGAUUCACUUCGUAUUGAUGCUAGAAUUCACUUCUGGGUUGAUUCAACAACAGUACUGAGUUGGCUUCAGGCAAGACCGUUAACAUGGACUACGUUUGUAGCAAACAGAGUGGCUACAAUCCAGCGCUUAACUCAAAAUUGUGAGUGGCAUUUCGUUCCUGGGGUAGAAAAUCCUGCAGACAUCAUAUCCAGAGGGCUUCCUGCAGACGAACGAGCUUCCUGUAAGGUCUGGUGGGAAGGACCCACAUGGCUUCGACAAUCAUCGAAAUUCUGGCCCACUUCGCCGUUGGAGACACAAUCCAAUCCCGAAUGUUCGAGGGAAGUUCGAAAGACUGCUCAUAUAGCUACAUCACAACCAGAUUCUUCAUUUAUCGACGAGUAUAUCGCUCUUUUCUCCAGUUAUAGCCGCUUGGUGCGAACGACAGCGUAUUGGAGACGACUUUUCACCUUCUUACGAACUCCAAGAGCUGAACGUAAAAUGUUUGAACCACUUACGUUAAGUGAGCUGCAAGGUGCUGAAUUUGCUCUCAUUCGAUGUGUGCAGCAGGCCGCCUUUCCAGAGGAAUGGAGAACACUACAUAAAAAUGGAGUAAUAUCCACAUCAUCUCGUCUUCGCUGGUUCAACCCACAUCUCGGAAAAGGUGAUGUCAUUCGCAUCGGCGGUCGCCUUAGUCGGUCCGCGCAGUCAUACGAUUCGCAGCAUCAAAUUUUACUGCCACAUUCGCACCUAUUCUUAAAACUUGUUGUACGCAGCUAUCAUGAACGCCUUCUUCACGCAGCUGUUCAAUUACUUACCAACACCAUUCGGUUGCGAUUCUGGAUUUUGGGUGGCCGCAGUUUAGCUCGUCAAAUAGUACAAACGUGCAUUGUGUGCUUUCGGGCAAAACCAAAGUUGGUCGAGCAAUUCAUGGCGGAGUUACCUUCUGCGAGAGUAAUAGCAUCCAGGCCAUUCUCCAUAGUCGGGAUUGAUUUUUGGGGACCGAUCUAUCUCAAGCCUCGCCAUCGUCGCGAUUCUCCUCCUAAAGCCUACGUAGCAGUAUUCAUCUGUUUCGCUACCAAAGCGGUGCACUUGGAGUUAGUGGCAGACUUGAGCACGGUAAAAUUCAUGCAGGCUUUUCGUCGCUUUGUCUCUCGUCGGGGUUUAUGUUCAGAUGUUCAUACCGACAACGGAAAAAACUUCGUAGGUGCCGCCAAUGACCUACGACGUCUAAUGCGAUCUAAUGAGUUCAAGCAAAGCAUGGCUGAUGAGUGUUCCAGCAACGGUGUUCGAUGGCACUUUAAUCCACCAAGAGGCUCACAUUUCGGUGGCUUGUGGGAAGCUGCCAUACGUUCAGCUCAAAAACAUUUUGUACGCGUCUUGGGUGAGCAUAAACUGGCGUACGACGACAUGCAAACGCUCCUAGCACAGAUCGAGUGUUGCCUAAUCUCGCGUCCACUUAUCCAACUAACGGACGACCCAUCGGACUUGCAGACACUAACGCCGGGUCACUUUCUAGUGGGGACGGCACUGAAAGCUGUUCCUGAUUCAAAUUAUAAAAGUAUUGCGUUCAAUCGUCUACAUAUGUGA